AUGGCGGCGGUGUACUCCGCCCGCCGCCGCCACCGUGCCGGCGAGCUGACACAUCAACAAAAAUGGCGUCGCGGGCGGUGCUCCGGUGCAGGGACCGGGGGCGGGAAGAGGCGCGGCCAGCCCGCAGUGGGUGGGAUCGAUGAGAGCCCGUCGUGGGGACCGUGUCGGCGGGACGGGAUGUCGCGUUCUAAUUUGCGUCAGAAGAAGCCAAGGAAAUCACAAUACUCAUUUGAACGUGCUGCCUCUAACGACUUGGAUAAAAAUCUCUUCAGUUCAAUAAAAUCAGCCUCUGAUAUGACGACUUGCCAUUAUUGUGGCCUCUCUGGAUCACUCAGAUGUUCCCAGUGCAAGCAGAUAAGCUACUGCUCUGUAGAUUGUCAGAAAAAAGAUUGGCCAGCACAUCGUAUUGUGUGUGACCCAAUUAAAGAGAACUUAAGUAAUGAUGAUGGAGGCAGUUUACCUGCUAAAACCGAGAAGGAAGUUUACCUUAAGGAUAAUUCAGCAUCUGUGGAUUCUCUAAAGACAGAAAAGCAUGUCAAGAAAGUAAUGCUUUCAGAUCUCCAGACUUUAGGGAUCAAAAAAGCUAUGGAAAUACAGGGUAAAAUAACAGAGUUCAAGAGCCCAAGUGAAUUUUAUAUACAGAUGUGUUCUCCAGAAGUUUUAGACCAGAUGAAUAAAGCGGCUGUGAAACUGCAAGACAGUCACAUGUUUAUUAAGGAGCACCACAAUGCUGUCAGAGGGGAAGUCUGUGUUGUAAGAUGUUCUUUGGAUCAGAGCUGGCGUAGAGCACUGGUAGAAGAUGUGGAUAAAGUACAAAAGAAAGCACAUGUAUUCUAUAUAGAUUAUGGAAAUAAUGAAAAUAUUCCAUUCUCCUGCAUUAAAGUUCUACACAAAGACAAUGAACUGCUGUUUCCUCCUAGUGUCAUUAAGUGUUCCUUGGCCAAAUAUGAUGCAAAAGGAUGGAAUGAAGACACCACCAACUUUUCUUCCCAUCUCAGGGGAAAGUACUGUUCAGUGACUGUUGUUAACAUAGUACAGGAGGAAAUGAUGUUGAAUUUUGCUGUAGAUGUUGUUUUCCCAGAUCUUGGAGAUUGCCUAAGUGAUGUACCAUCAGUAAUGAUGUCUGAUUUAACUCCAGAAAGUAACACUGAAGGAACAGACUCUCCAAGAUCAUCAGAGAACUAUUCUAAGGGAAGUCAAGAAGAAUUACCUGAAGAUGAAGAAUGCCCUGACUCUGCUCCUUCAGAUGCAGUGUGCAUCUGUGUGUAUGUUGGAGAUACAUUUUCUGGUGUGGUUUCCAGUGUUCGGAAUCCAACAGACUUUUUCUGUCAGCAGAUGCAGAGUGCCCACCAACUUGCUGAGCUUCAAGUCUCUCUUAAUCAACAUUGUGAGAAAUUUCCCAGGAGUCCAACCUUCCGUCCUGCUGUUGGAAGUGUGUGCUGUGCCCAGUUCACAGAAGACAACCUUUGGUAUCGUGCUGCUGUUACAACCUAUGUUUCUGAAGACACUGUUACAGUAUUUUAUAUAGAUUUUGGUAAUGUUGAAGUCCUCCCACUGAUUAGACUUCAUCCUCUGACUCCAAGAUUAAUGGACUUGCCAGCUCAAGCCAUAAAAUGUACCUUGGCAGGUAUAAAGCCACCAUUAGUAGGCUGGACCACAAAAGCUAUUGCUUUAAUGAACCAUCUGGUGAAAGACAAGGUGCUUAAAAUAAAAGUAGUGGAUAAAGAUGAUUCUAGAUCUGUUGUGGAGCUUGUAGAUGUGUCAGUCACUCCAGCAAUAAAUAUAUCAAGCUAUCUCAAAGAGGAAGACUGUGCAGAUGAGAAAUGCAGGAUGGCUGUGCCAGCAAUCAGAAUGGCCAGUGUUAUGCUAGCAAAUGCAGGUAAGAGUGCCCAGCAGGAACUCCCAACCACCCUUCCACCUACUUUCCAGCCCCCACCCUUAUCCUGGAGUCUGCCUUACAUGCCAGAAGAUACGAAGAAGGAAAGAGCUUACAAAUGGAUUAAGCUAACCCUUAAACAAACAGUAGAUGUUGUAGUGUGUACAGUGUGCAAUCCUGGACAAUUCUACUGUCAGAUUUCAAAUAAUGAUGAGCUACUGGCUCUAAACUCACUUAACACAUCACUGUCCGAAUACUGUCAGAAAACUCCUCCAAAUAUGCAUAAGCCUGAGAACGGAGAGCCUUGCUGUGCUUUUUUCUCUGGUGAUGGUAAUUGGUACCGUGCUUUGGUGAAAAACGUUGCUUCACAUGGAAAUAUUAAAGUGCACUUUGUGGACUAUGGAAAUACUGAGGAAGUACCACUGGCUAAAAUACGACAGAUCUCAUCCUCAUUCCUAACACUCCCAUUUCAAGGAAUUAAAUGCUGGCUCUCAGGUAUAAAGCCUGCUGAUGGCAAAUGGAUUCCAGAAGCUACAGCAAGAUUUUGUGCAUACACUUCAGGGAUAAAGCUUCAAGCCAGAGUAAAUUCCUUUUCCAGAGAUGGGGCAGGUAUGGAGCUUAUUGACAAUUCCACAGGCCAUCCAAAAGUGAUUAAUGAGAUGUUAACUUCUGAAAAUUUCGCCAUAAAGGAGUAUCUACAAGAAAUCUCAUUUGGACACUGGAAGUCGAUUGAAUUGGCAAUAGGUGAAACUCUUCCUGUCCGUGUAACGGAAGUUGUAGGCCCAGACUUAUUCUAUGCUGUACCAGUUCAAAGUAAAGAUAAAGAGAAACUGGAUCAGCAGUUGACUGACCUAGAAGACUACUGUAAAUCACAAAAGAACUGCUCCUUCAAACCAAAGUUGGGAGAAGCCUGUUGUGCCAAGUUUUCAGGUGAUGGCCAUUGGUACAGAGCUGUUGUUCUCAAAGUGUCUCAGUCUGUGGUGAAAGUUCUGUUAGCAGACUGUGGCAACACAGACACUUUGCCAUUUUCAGAGCUUCUGCCAAUCGCUGAUUCCCAUUUAAAGCUGCCUUUUCAGACAAUUGUAUGUUCACUAGCAGGUACAGAGAAAGUUGAUUGGUCUCUAUUGUCACUUGACAAGUUGAAAGAAAUGUUACUGAACAAAUGUGUCAAAAUUACAAUGAAGGGGACUACUGGAAAUGCUUAUUUAGUAACAGUGGAGAAACACUGUGAAACUGGUAGUCUGGAUGUAGCUGACAAAGUGGUCAUGGAAGAUUUGGUCAAAUCCCGCAGCACUGAGAACUCACCUACUAAACAUCAUGGCAAUGGAGCUGAGACCAAAUGCUGCUGUGCAGAAUUAAAAGUGCAACUUAAAAAGCAUGAACGGAUCCUCUUCUUCCUGUUAAACAACUAUGGGAAUCCAGGUGGAUUUGCUGAAAUGAAUAAACUGUUGGAACACUACAUGUGCAUGUAUUCCAUGGAUGUCUGGGACGAGUGUUUCAUGAUUCCACUGAGGGACUAGGACAAGCCUCAGUUUGCUUUUACCUGGUAGAGGAUUCAGUACUCUUUUAAUAGCUUACCCCAGGGGCUAUAAACACUGUCCUACAAUCGCCCACAAUCCACUGGCUGCACUUCUGGUCCCAGAAGGCAUUGUCAUUUGUCAACAUACAGAUGACAUAUUGGUGGGUGGGGUGGGCUCGGCAGCAAAGGCCAUCUGGGAACUGCUGACCCAGAAUGGGUUAGACAUCCCCUCUGUCAGGUGCCAAGGCCCAGGACAGGAAAUUGAAUUCCUUGAGGCCUGGUGUGUAGCAGGAGCAGUGGCAGUGCCUGUUGCUAUCCUGGAGAAAAUUGAAAAGGACCAAUCCCCAGUUACCAGUGUUUGCACAGGUUAAACCUAUCAGGUUCCUGUGCUGUAGUGUUUUUGGAAGUCAGUGCUGUCUUGAGGCUUGAAUUUGUGAAGUCUUGCAGUCUGCUUUCCAACUCUUAAGAGUGAAUUUGACACCACCUCACCUCUUAGUACCUUCAGAAAACUUAAGAGAUACUUGCACACCAAGUGAGCAACGCGUUUGUAUAACAGUGAUCAGCUGUGCCUUCUCCCUGCAGUACAGCUGACCCUUGGGAGUGGUCAAGGGGAACAUCUAAGUGGCAUUCGGCCCUUUACCCUUGCUGUUGAGUUUUUGCACUGCUCAGCUUUCAAGGGUAAGGGCUGUUCACAGGGUCAACCCACAUGCUAGGCACUGUGUCCCUUACUGGAGAAAAGGAGGGGCAAGCAGAGGACGGGAUACUGAUCUAGGAAUGGGAUCUAGCUUCUGUUAGUGGAAUAAUCUUUACAUACUUAAAUUCCAGUUUAUUUUUAGGAAAUGUAUCAAUUAAUAACUUCAUCCAGCUCCCCCUUCUCAAAGAAUAUAAACCUGUGUAGUUAUUU